CAGCAGGUGCUGAGACGUGUCACCAAUUGGUCUUGGCCGAAAGCAAUGAUGCUUAUCGUGCUCGUUGCCCUCGCAUUCAUCUCCUCGCAGGGCGCAGCUACAACGAUAGCUGCGCGCAACCACAGCGAGGAGGUCAGCGAGGCAGAGAGCGACGCCGUUUGCCACCUGCUUCAACCCCAUUUGCAAGGCAAGGAUCCUGUCCCGACGACUCUUCUGGGUACUAAGGGACGACCAAUCGAUGCAUUUGCAAUGGCCUUCGCGCUGUAUGUUGCUAUCUUCAGCUUGCCAUGCACCGUACCAUCCCCUGCCUGAGCCUAUCUAUGACGUCAAUCCAGCCCUGGAGAAGUACCCCCUUGAUUUCCUACCUCCAAGCCUCAGGACUGAGUUUGAAAACCAGGCGGACGGAUGGUCGGUGACGUUUGCCGUCCUCACUGUGUAUCACGGUGCCAACUCUGUGCUCAUGUGCUGUCUCCACUGAAAAUCAGGAUGAUGAGUCUUGACGAGAAAGUUGCUUUCAUUGACAUCGCUACUGGACCAGACGAUGUCAUGCCCCGCAAGCUGAAGGAAUACAUGAAAGACAAGCCAGCGGUCCAGUAUGAGCUGCCAGACCACACCACUGUCGAACGCGACGAAAGAGACGAAUACGACGACAGAAACGGAAAAUGGCUGUGGCGAUACACUGCUAGCUAUUAUCCUAUGCCCCAUUUCUGGCAGGUUGACUUGGUAUCUCACCGGCAGGUGAGAGAGGUAUCUCACCGGCAGGUGAGAGAGACGUGUGUUUCCCACGGACAUCGUUCCCACAAUACACGCAUGUCUCUCCCCAGGUGAAAGCAGCCCACAACAAUCUGGGGCUUCCCGCGAACCACUUCACAAGAGUCAUUCUCGUCCAUUGUCCAACCGGCAGUAAGACAAUGACCUACAAACGGAGGUGGUCUGAUGAGUACAUGCUGUCUGCUGUAGUCUUCCUGUACGCUCCCGACUUGCCUGGAGAAGUAGAGAACUACGAGUACAGACCUGAUCGACCAGAUCCGGAACUGCUGCGAGCGGUAAUUGAGCAACAGAGAGCAAUAAAGGGACAGCCACACAGCAUUGUUUGAGCCUCCUUGACAGCUCAAAGUCAGCUACGAGGAUGCUGCCAAGUGGGGAUCAAAACUGAGGCCUAUUCGGUUAUUCUGGAACAACCUCCGAUCUCUCAUCGCUCCGGGUGGCAAGGUCGUCAUCGAUAGCCUGCCUGUGAGCAAUACAGAUGGAGACACGACGUAUUCGCUGCUGUGAGCAAUCCGGUCUGUCUGUUCUCCAGGGCUCUGUGUUUGCAGGCAAGGCGUGCGAUUGCAGUGACCCCUCCACUAACCCCUACGCACGCUUCGGCAGCAACGCUCCACACAGGAGCUGCAAGCGUCAUGAGCGCCUUCACACGGACAUCUGCUGGGGAAACGACGCGCUGCGUGAGCCCUUUGACCGUGCCAUCGGAGUGUUUGAAUCGAUGGACUUCGAUCUCGUCGGCCCUCAGUUCGACCAAGGUAUGUUGUACAUAUACACCAUAUCUAACAGACAAACUGCUUUGGUCCCCUUGGCAUAUUCAGGAGAGCUUGGCAUCGUCCUUCAGCCGAUCCAGAGAAAGACGGCCGUCCAGCAGGUCGAGGAGAAGUCGCCCAAGCGGGCUGAGAAGCGCGCCGCCUCAAGCGAGAGCGAAGUCUCGAAGCAGAGGAAGCUUGAGCACUAGCCACAAUCCGAUUCGUCAACAAAGCAUUCCAGCAAAGCCAUGUUCGAGCCAGCCCGCCAGCCUCCCUCUUCCUUUGUGUCUUCUAUGCGCACAGUGGGCGAGUGAGGAAGAGGCUCAACAGAUGGAUGACUGAAGAGAAGACCUUGUACGACUGAGAGACACGACACAUGACCCUUCUGAAUGCAACAAUACUACUGACCAAACAAAGAGUACCCGUCAAAGUUAGCACACCUGCCCGUAUUGCAGUGAUAUCCUGGACAGCAAGGGCGACACAGGAG